UUUUGACAUUUUUCUCUAUUGGUGUUCUUAUUUCUCGUUUUGUCUCAUCGACCAUGUAAAUUUACUCUUUAUUUAGUAUGUUUCUCGUUAUAUAUUUACAUAAUAAGUAAUAGACUGUAGUUGUUAAUUGUGAUAAUAUGUUUAUAGAUAAGUAAUACAUUUCAUUGUUAAAACUCAGUAUAUAGUAGGAAUACUAGCUAAUAAAGCAUAUAUGAACAAUCUUUAGCUAAUUUGUAGAUGUUGUGUGAAAGGGAGAAACUAAUAAGUAAAGAACAAAAAGAUGGAUUCAUGUGAGGGAAAAGUGUAAAGAAGGGUAUACCCAAUUUGUUAUUAUAUGUCUGUGUUAUAUGCUAAUGGUAGUAUAGUAUAUGUAUAUAUAACUACUGGAUAUAGAUCUGGAAUAUGGAGUUUGAAUAAAUGACAGAAAAGUUGAUGAUGGUGAUGGGAAAAGCUUAGAAGCGAUGCUGGGAUUGGCCCAUCAAUGCCUCCAAGGAUUUAUUCACAUGGGCACAAGUUGGACCCACAUGAUCUACCAUGUGGACUCCCAGCUUGUACAUCUCUUUACCUACAAAAUUAUAUAUGGUUGUAAAGUUAAUACUCUUAUAUGCCUGUGUAUAUAUAUUACUAUCAUGUGUUUGUUGUCGUUUAGAUGUUACAUAUGCUCAUGGACGAAUUACGAUCUUCUUUGUCUCAUCCUCGUUUUGUUUUGUUCACAAUUUUAUAGUGAAAGACAGUUAUCAUAUUUCACAUAUGUAGUUUUCAAAAACUACAUACGAAGGAUCAUGUUUUAAACCAACAACACAUUUAAAAACUUGGAAAAACAAAGAAUUAGUGGCAAGUAAUUAAUGAGGAAUAUAUUGUAACUAAAUGAGUGAAUAAGAACAAGGGACCCCAAGAACAAUUAUCACAUAUAGGAAUGAUGAUCUGGAGAAGCAAUGAGGAUUGUGAACUUUCUCGUGGAUGUAGUAGGAGAGGUUUUCUUGAGAAUUGCCAGACUGCACACAAAGUAACCAAAAUAUAAUCAAUUAUCAUACUUCAACUGAUGACGCGAGAUCAGAGCAAAUAUGCUUGGAAAAGAGAUCAGAGCUAAUAAAAUUACCUAGAAUUUCACGUUAAAAAGAAGAUAAACUGCGAUAUGUUUUACUACUACACAUGCGCUUCUGUAUGGACACAUCAUUCAACAUGUUCUCUAAGAAGUGCGCAACAUACAUAACUGAAGUAACUAACCAAAACACGAUUUCAUUUACCUUUUAGUUCAUAAGAUUAAUUGCUCCACAUUGGGAUCAGUUUAGGAUUCGGUUCGGGAUCGGUUACAAGAAAAUACAAAUAUUUACAUAUAUUUACAAUUGAGAUUGUAUAUUGUUCUGCGGUAAUCACGAAGUAACGAAUGAGUCGGCGAUUCGCAAGUGGAGAUACAAAGGAGACAAUUUACAAUCAUAAAGAGACAGUUUCAGUUAGAAGCGCCGCCAAACAUAAAGAGAUCUGAAACCAGUUUCUAUUGGUUAACACAAGAUUCGUUCCCCCAUGCAUCCAAUGAUGUAUAGCCACGUGGACACAUUCCAAACCGACACACUUGGAGAAGGAUGGAAUACCCUAGGAGACCAUUUUGAUAAAGAAAUACUGAUUUUCUUUUUUUUUGCAUUAUGUUCCCAAAUCUUUUAUUACUAGCGCCAGAUUCAGUCAAGACAUGUCUAUGCAUAGUUUAACACACUAUGGUCAUUUUCAUAUAAAUAUUAUCACUGUUAUGAAUGUUAAAUCAUAAAAUUAAAACUAUGUAUUUGAAACUUUACUGGUAUCCCAAAACCACUACUAAACAUUGGAAAAUAAGUGUGAAAUGUACAUAAUUUAUAACGAAUAGUCUUUGUAUAUAAGUUUUAAUUUGCAACUUUGUGGAUUUUAAAUUUAAACAAUUCUUUCUCAAAAAAUUAGUUUGCCUAAUUCUGAAAUAUCCAUUACAUUUGUAAGAAAUACAAAAGCUUAUAAUUUCUUCCAACCUAUAUCAUCAAACUUGAAUAGAACGAUGGCGAGAAUCAGAAUAUGUGUAAGAAAGAACAAAAAGAGAAGAGAUUGGGUAUUUUCUUUAUAACUUUAUAUUAUUAGUUACAUAUACUUUGUUAUGAGGGUGGCAUCAUCUUCUUUAAUUAUUCACUAUUUUAUAUGAAUUUUUGUCUUUCUCCUCUUUAUUUAUAAACCUAUACCGCGCGUUCAAAGCCUCAACACAAAAAACACAAAACAUUUGUCUUCUCUCUCUUUCUUCUUUCGAGUCUUUCGUAUUAUCUCUCUCCUAAUCUAUUAUCUCGGCUACUCAAUCAUUCCUUUUAAUUAUUUACAAACACUACGAUCGGUCUUGUCAGAGUUUUCUCGAAACAAGACCGUUCGUUAAAUCUUUUUGUUCGAAUCUGAUAUUAAAUCGAUCGAUCAAGAGGUCUCAGUAUCAUCGUCAACCGAAGAUAUUCAUGGCCCCGGUCUCGCUGCCUCCUGGUUUUAGGUUUCACCCAACGGAUGAAGAACUAAUCACAUACUAUCUCAAAAGAAAGAUCAACGGUCGAGAGAUUGAGCUAGAGAUUAUUCCUGAAGUCGACCUAUACAAGUGUGAACCAUGGGACUUGCCAGGGAAAUCAUUGCUUCCUAGUAAAGACCAAGAAUGGUACUUCUUCAGUCCACGGGACAGAAAGUACCCCAAUGGUUCAAGAACAAACCGGGCAACAAAAGGCGGUUAUUGGAAAGCCACGGGCAAAGACCGGCGGGUGAGUUUGAAAGAUCAAGCCAUAGGAACCAAGAAAACAUUAGUUUAUUACCGUGGACGCGCACCACAUGGUAUUAGAACUGGUUGGGUCAUGCAUGAAUAUCGCCUCGAUGAAACUGAAUGCGAGCCUACUGCAUUCGGCAUGCAGGAUGCAUAUGCACUUUGCCGUGUUUUUAAGAAGAUAAUCGUUGAAGCGAAACCAAGAUUAGAUCAACAUCAGCAUCAUCAUCAUCAACAUUACGUAAACACGAGUUCGAAUGUAAGUGGUAACUCAAGUUUUGAUGUUUGUUCGGAUCUUGAGAUAAGUUCAAGUACACAUCAAGUUCUACCUAAUUAUAACAACGCUACCGAGACCCAACCAAAAUUUGGAAACACAAACGCAAUCGGUGAUCAUGAUGACUGGUCACAAUACAUGGCACAAGGCAUGCCUACAGGCUUUUCAAAUUACGGAUCUCCUUAUGGAUCUUACCUCACUCAACCAAAUGUGAAUACAGAGAUUGAAUGUGGGAUGUUGCAACAUCAGAUGUCAUUGCCACCAUUGCGAGUAGAAGGCUCGCCAAUUCAAACCAGCGAUUUCUCCAAUGGAACUAAUCAAAACAGCGGUCAAUACGGUUUCAACGACUUUACUUUCGCUGCAAGUAACUCCAACCAGCUCUAUAACAACAACGUUGAUGAUCAUUUAAUACACAUUGGAAAUCUCGAGGAACAGCUCCUCAAUGCUGGGAAUUCCACAUGGAUGAAAACGUCUAGCGGGAGUCUGAAACAGCAGAGUUUUAUAAAUCAAGACGAGAUUUUGCCAAGUUUUGAGGAUAAUGACCAAGAUCUUGAAUGUUUUGGCGGGCCUCGGACCAAUACUAUCAACAACAUAGAGAUCGAUGAUUUUUUCUCGUUCGAAAACCAAGUUGAAGGAGACGCAGACGACAAGACAACGAUCGAAGAAGACAUUAGAGUAGACCACAAAAUGCUCAUUUGUACACGUCAAACAAGUGAAGUUUUAUACUAUCAAGUCGUACCGUCACAGGUUUUGAAAAUUCACAUAAAUCCGGUUCAAGGAAUUGAAGAGAGAACAAUGUUUACUGAAGAAGAAGACAAGGAUUCUUGGUUCAAGAAGGCUGAAAAUGUUGCCAAGAUGAAAUUGAAGCAGAUUAGUUUAGUUGCAAAACGUUAUUACAAAGGUCUCACAAUUAUUUUAUGAUUUAUUUAUAUUCAAUACAAUUGUGGUAUACCCCUUUUGAAAAAGAAGAGAGGAUAUACAUUUAUACUAUUACGCAUUGUAUACUAUAUAUAUGUAGAUUGAUUCCAUUGUCAUUGUUAAAAAUUAUUGGGGAAGAAAAAGAUUUGUUAUGCAUAAUUAUAUGGGCAAUUCUUUCAAA